CGUGCGUCCAUUUGUGGGACCAGAGUUUAUAUAAAGACGCGGAGUGGGCAGCCGGCCACGGGGCAUGCCGGGGCACAGACACGACGAGCGGCGUUGAUAAGCGGAUAUCAACACCGGGUGAAAGCGGGAGUUUACCGCUGAGGCGUCGGAUGGAUGAUGAGGAGGAGGACAUGUCACUGCCCACCUCACAGCUCAGGGUAUUACCCUUCGGGGACGUCAAGCAACACGAACAGUGGUCGAGCAGUCAAACAGUGGCCACGGUUACUGCUGCCGCCGUCGUGGCCACGUCACAGGACCACGGCAACCACGGCAUCAACGCCGUGUCCUGCAGCAUACACCUGCAGCCUCACGUGCCCUUUAACGGCAACGCUGGAUCGCCCUUACAUCUUCCCGCUCAGUUUGUCCCCAUGGAAGACCGAGGAGGAAGGCAUGUUGUUGAGGAAGAGGACAGAGGGGCGGAGGACGAUAGGAUGGCACAGAGGCCCGAGGUGGAGCCGAUGGGGCUGAGCGCCGAGGCCCAAAUUGGCCGUAAACUCCGGGAGAUUGGAGACAAGUUCCACCAGGAUCACAUUGAACUGUUCAUGAGGCAUCAGAGACAGAACCUGCCCGUGUGGAUGCGCCUUACAAUCGCCUUCUUCGGCUUUUUAUUCCCAAGAGAGGAUCUGGUGCCACACCUGAGGAGAGAGCAGAGGUGAAGGGACGUUGAGCUGGCCUUUCACUUUGGCCUUUGUUCUCUAAUUUGAACCAAGGACUCGAACUUUAAAGAGAUGGCACUGAAAGAUGGAACGACGGGUUUGGAUUUUGUUUUUUCUAACUGAAUAUGAAGAUGAGAUGAAGAAGACACUGGUCACCGCUGGACGGAGACUGAUUACUGUUUUUUUUUUAAUUAUUAUUAUUAUUUUGUUAGUUUGUUUUGUUUUGUUCUACAUCUCCGAGAAGAAGCCAUUUUGUUUGAAGAGAUAUUUUGGAAAUAUUUGUAAGAUGACCUAUUUUGUACAGCAGACUGCUCUUUUUAUCUGGUGUGUCGACUCCUGAAGGACCUCCAUCUGUCCAGGGAAUGCCUUACUCUCUCCUCCUGCCGCAGUAAAAUGCCCUUUUGCAUCAAAAAUAUCAUGCGAGAGAGAGAGAGAGCGAUAAAGAUUAACGUUUAGGUGACAAGACUGUGGACAUUUCCGUGCUGAAGUUAAAGACGCAAACCUUUGAAGAAAGACUCAAGGCACAUUUCUGAGUUAUUCUCCUAAAGACAAAAGAAAGCCCUGUACUCACCGUUCACCUCUCCACAUUGGCUCAUCAAACCUGCCGGUCUGCUCAGAUGCACGUUGAAAAUCAACUGUUUGAAUGAACCUACUUGAAUUGCACGUGCCAAAGAGAUUUCCGGCACCACGCUUAAAGGUCCGACGCAGUAAUAGUUUUGGGGUCACGUGUCUGGUGCUCUCCACCUGCAAGUCCUGAGACCAAACAAGCACAAACCAACACAGGCCCAGAAGCCUCACUCAGUCUGGGAUUACCAUCAGGGAUCCGAGAACAAUCACCUGAAAAGCUCCGGAUAAAAACGCCAUCGUUCUCCCAAACGUCCAGUCACUCGCCUGGCUGGAUCGACAAUCGCAAAUUUUGCCCUUUGCUGCACUGCGGCUUCGAGCCAGUCGAUCAGAUGUAUUGGCAAUCAAGGCGGGGUGGGGUUUGUUUCUCUCCAGCGCUGUUUCGAAUGCGACAUGUCUCAAACUGCCAGCUUUACUUCUGUACAGUUUAAAAACUAAAAUAAAAAACCUCUUACGGACAUGGGAACACAUUCAUACAACCUUUGUGCAGCGACUCACACCAACACAGCCACUAUGUGUCGAUGUAAAUUCUGGAAUAAUAUGUUAGAGAUUGAUCCUUUUCGGCAUCAUAUGGGAUAUAGAGUCAUUAUAUAAACAUUUGAAGACACUGAUUGUUUUUUGUUCAUCUUUUUUUCUUUUUUCCAGGGAGUAGUUAGCAGUCAUGCUAUCAGAUAGACUUAACUCAUUCAGCUGUAUUUGGUAAAGAGGAGAUGAACAUGAAGUGUGUUACAUGCUGUCAAGUUUUUUUAUUUCGUUUGCUAUGAGAGUAGCUGAGUUUGUUUCCUGCAAACACUGAACGCUGAGCCAGUUUAGAUGGUUUGGAUACACACUCAUCUGCAGUCCAAAGCACCACAGAUACACUCACUGAACUACUCCCUGAAGAUAAAUUUCAUUUUUGUUUCAUCUUAAGUAAUUUAUUCUAAUUUAUUUUGUGCGCAACUGCUCAGUGCUACUGUAUAGACGCCGUCUCGGCUUGUACAGUCCUUGUUCUCCUCGUCGUCGGGGUGCGUUCAGUUUUCAAAGCCUGCGUGUGAGUAGGUUGGACUAAAAGCCAUGUGCCUCGUGCUCUCUCUCUCUUUUCCUCUCUCUCUUUUUUCACGCGCAAAAACGCCGUGAGUUGUUACAAAUUGCGCGAAACGACAAGACAAUCAAAACUUGCAUAAUAAAUAAACAAAAACGUGUGCCUUGUGAGUAAAAAGACCUGUCCCGAACAUCAUCCUCAUCAGCACUUGGCAUAGUUCAUCCCAGAGUUCAGCGGUCCCGACUCUACCGUUUCACAAAUCUCACGUAAGCUCGCGAGGCACAGGCUCAACCUUUUUGACACCUCUCGGCACGAACGGCGACCUUUGUCACCUACGCUGAGCCCUCUCAAAACCAGAAACGACUAUUCUUUUGCAACACACACUGUAAAAAGGUUUCCGUUCAUUUUUAUUUUCUGUUUUAUCUAUACUGUAUUUACUUACACCUCUCUCUUUCUACUCCUGUGCUGAGCUUUCCCUCUUGGUUGCUGACUGAUCGCCCCGACCCGUUCGGGUUUUUCGUGCUUUAUGAGCUGCGAUCGAGCGAGGCUUUGACGGAGGAGACGAGCCGCCGCGGUGCCCAGUAUCGUUUCUGUUUGAGAUGAGUUGAACAGCCGCUCCAUCGGAGCCUGCCGUUAUUUUUCCACCGUGUCAACCUUGGCUGAAGUGAGACGUUUCUGUUCAGAUCUUCAGGGUCAUUGAUAUUAAUAUCAGUUUUGUUUUGGGGAAAAAAAAACGAGAAAGACUGUCAAGUGUUGUGAUUUGAUGUUUUUUUUCCUUUUUUGUUUUUAUAUACAUUUUUAACAUGAAUUUGACACACCGGUUGCUAUCUUUAUACAACAAAUUUUACAUACUGUUUUUUGUAAGAAGAAAUACCUACAACAUGAUGUUUUUGGUUUUCUAUGAUUACAGUUUUUAACAUAUGACAUUACUGAUUUUGGAUAUUGCCAAGUCUGCUGUGUCACUCAGUUAAAGGGCUUUUUAAUAUAUGUAAAUGGAGUUUAAAAAAAAUGCAUGUCCAACAUUCCUGGAGAUGAAAUCUAUAUCCUAAAAAGUUUGAAUGUAACUUAAUUGAGUGAAAAUCACAAUAACGCUUUUUACUACGUGAACCGAACAGCGGAAUCUUUCUUGAGACUUCUGCGCUCAGCUGUAUCGUCUUCACCUUCUGCUUUCUUUGCGUUCAGAGUGGUCUCAAGGAUUUCACACUCGUGUGUGUCCUGAUGAAGUGAGACCCAGUCCAGAUGUAGCAGUUUUUCCCUUUCUGACGAAAGCAUUGGCUGUGUUAUCCUUGGGACUGCUCUGCGUCUCCUGUGCAGAUUUUUUGAACCACGCAGUUCACUGGAGCGAUGGGGGGAUUUAGAGGAGGAGGACAGGCGGGAUAUUUGUUCUUUUUCUAGUGCAAUAUGCUGUACAUAAGAGCUUGGCUCACCAAAUCUUACAGUUUCUCUUAAUUUUGUUCUGUUGUAAAAUGGGUACCAUUGCUGUUUUGAUUUCUAUUAAAACUUUAUGAACUAUUGA